UCUGUUUAGCUCUAUUAUACAUUCGCAAUAAAAGCCGCUUAUCUGGCAGAUGAAAAUUCAUAAUCAGCUUGUCGUUUGGUGUGUGCUGUCAUACUUGAUCUUGAGAAAUAAACAAUGAAAGUCUUCGCCUUAAUCGUUGCAGCUGUGCUCAUGCUCGCCGCUGUUUCCGCUCAGCGCAAUUGUGCUACUAUUUGCCCACAAAAUUAUAAUCCCGUGUGCGGCUUCAAUGGUCAGUGCUAUCAGAAAUUCGGUAAUCCCUGUGAAUUGCAAUCGGAGGCUUGCACCAGUGGAAGAAAUAUCCGCAGUGUAGGCUUGAACGAAUGCGAAGGACGCGGUGCACGUCUUUGCCGCAGGGCCGCCUUCACCGUUGGUUAAAAAUGUCUUAUAAAAUAAUAUGAUGGUUAAUAAAUUAUAAUUUUUUACUUUUUGAAUGGCACAUUAACAUAUUUUAUUUGAUUUUUUUUUUUGCUAAUUUUAAAAGCUCAAGAAUAUAAUUUUAAAAUUAUUUUUAAAGUAUAAAUAAGAAGUAUUAAAAGAAAAA